AUGGAUGGUAUGUUGGCCCAAAGGACAAGGCGUGUUGCGAAUCAGGGAAAGGCAACAGUGCUUGCUCUCGGUAAGGCCUUCCCGAGCAAUGUUGUCUCUCAAGAGAAUCUCGUGGAAGAGUAUCUCCGUAAAACCACAACUGUGGAGACACGCUACACGGUCAUGUCAAGGGAGACGAUGCAGAAAUACCCUGAGCUAGCAACCGAAGGUUCACCAACGAUCAAACAGAGGCUUGAGAUUGCAAACGAGGCGGUUUUGCAAAUGGCAUAUGAAGCCAGCUUGGCUUGCAUCAAGGAAUGGGGAAGGGAAGUGGAAGAUAUCACUCACCUUGUCUAUGUUUCCUCCAGCGAGUUCCGUUUGCCCGGAGGUGACCUUUACCUCUCGGCAAAGCUGGGACUUAGCAACGAGGUACAGAGAGUCAUGCUCUAUUUUCUUGGAUGCUACGGUGGUGUGACUGGGUUGCGUGUGUCCAAAGACAUUGCUGAGAACAACCCAGGGAGCCGUGUGCUACUCACCACCUCUGAGACUAUGGUUCUCGGGUUCCGUCCGCCAAACAAAGCUCGUCCUUACGACUUAGUCGGAGCUGCUCUCUUUGGAGACGGAGCAGCUGCACUGAUCAUCGGAGCAGACCCUACAGAAUCAGAAUCUCCCUUCAUGGAGCUUCACUACGCUCUGCAGCAGUUUCUCCCCGGAACACAUGGGGUGAUCGACGGGAAGCUGUCAGAAGAGGGGAUAAGCUUCAAGCUAGGAAGAGACCUCCCUCAGAAGAUUGAAGACAACAUAGAGGACUUCUGCAAGAAGGUAAUGGCAAAGGCUGGCUCUGGCUCUGGCUCAUUGGAGUUGAAUGACCUGUUCUGGGCAGUUCAUCCCGGUGGACCAGCCAUCUUAAACGGGAUGGAGAAGAAACUGAAGCUGAAGCCGGAGAAGCUGGAAUGCAGCAGACGGGCUUUGGUGGAUUAUGGGAACGCAAGCAGCAACACCAUUUUCUACAUAAUGGAAAAAGUAAGGGAUGAGCUUAAGAAGAAAGGCAGAGGAGGAGAAGAGUGGGGUCUGGGCCUAGCUUUCGGACCGGGAAUCACCUUCGAAGGCUUCCUCAUGAGGAGCCUCUAAGUGUCUAUGAAAAGGAGAAUGACUGUAAAACAAAUAAAAAUAUCAUCUCUUAUAAGUAAUAGUAAUACUGUAAGAAUCGGGCUUGUUCAUGAACACAUGCAUGUAUUGCAUAAUACAAUACAAUUUGCAUUAAUAGUGUUCUUCAUAAAAAAAAAAGUUAGUUCAGAUUGUGAAGCAGGUUAUUAUAUUUGGUAGGUCAUAUGAUAUAUGACUUUGUUUAUUCACAUUAAUCUUACUUGAAUCAGUUGUGAGUAGUAUCAUUUACAUUAUAAUCUUAUAGUCUUUGACUCUCUUAUGUUUCACUUGAUCCAGAUUGUUUUUAACAGGAAGCUGAAAAACGAAGCCGUGUGUUAAGAAUCAGAGAAGAGCCAAAGCAGUAUCUUUUCAGGACAUCAUCAGCCAAAACAGAGGUUCCUUCUAAGACAACAAAGGUUACAUAAACUAGACCAACUAUCUUGACAAACCACUUUGGCCUGUAUGAAGCAAUAACGUGUGCUAUUACCAGUCCAAACAACAAUCCAGGCCCAUACCCUAUCACCACUCCUUUCCAGUUCAACACUCCUUCCUCUUCUUCUUCUUCUUCUUCUUCCUCAGGCUGUUGCGUUGGUGGCGCAAAGCAACUUCCUUGUAGAGGAAGACCGCAUAGACCUGCAUUCCUUUCAAAUGAUGAUUCAGCUUGUCCACUAAACUGUGGUCCUUGUGGUAUUUCACCUUUGAGUUGGUUAUGAGCCACACUUACAUACGCCAAAAACGAGAGGCUCUCGAGUUCUCUUGGAAUAUCCCCUGAUAGUUGAUUCCGUGACAGAUCAAGUGACUCUAGCUCCGUAACAUUUGCCAAAGACAGAGGAACAUGGCCUGUGAAGGCGUUGUUUGAUAAGUUGAGUGCUAUCAAUGCCUUCAAGAGACCAAUGGAAUCAGGAAUCUGUCCUUCAAGCUUGUUUCCAGAGAAAUCAAUGGUGCUGUAGGAAGUAAGUACUUUCCCCUGCUCCAUGAAUAGACCUUUGUAUUGCAAAUCCAAAGUAUCUUGAUAGCUAUAAUAAGCAUUCUUGUAGUCUCCCAUAUACAGACGCCCAUCUUCAUUUGUUUUGAGUGAUGAUGCUUUCCAGUUAACAAAGUAACUUGGUGGUAAGCUUCCGGUAAAGCUGUUAUCAGAUAACUCAAGUAUACGCAGCUCAGGAAACGAGAGAGGACCUUGAUCAGGAGGAGAGAUAUGGCCAAAGAAUCUGUUUGAACGGAGAGUAAAGACUUGCAAAUUGGGUAGAGCCUUGAGCCAGAAAGGAAACGUGUCUUCGAUUCUGUUGUUGUCAACACUUAGAAACUUGAGAAAGGAGCAAUUUAAAAGUGAUCUUGGAAGCUUCCCGGUUAAUUGAUUGUAGCCAACGUCAAGCGUCUGUGUCAAGGCACCGCUAUAGAACUCAUCAGGUAUACUUCCUUCCAAGCUGUUCUUCCUGAGAUUUACUACCUUUAAGUUACUCAAGCAUUGAGGUAUUGGACCAGUGAAGUUGUUGUAGGAGAGAUCAAGAACAACGAGAGAGCUUAGGUUGCAAACUUCAGGAGGUAUAUUCCCUGUGAAACUGUUGUUCCAUGCAGACAAGUAGACAGUCUUAGGUGGUGGAAUAGGGAAUGCUCCUGUCAUGGAGUUAUAAGCAACAUCAAGUAACUGCACUGAUGAGUUAGCUAAAACUUCUGAAGAACCUUCGAAGCCGGUGAAAGAAUUGUUAACAAGACUCACUAUGCUAAGUUGAGGUAGCUUCCAGAGCCACUCAGGUACUUUCCCUUUGAUUCUAUUGUUGGAAAUGUCUAGAUGACGCAAGUUUUGAAGGGUCUUUAAGAUGUUUGGGAACUCAGUAACGUCACAUAGUGACAAAACCAAACUUUCUAAGCUCAAUGGGAUGUCUGAAUCUUCACUUAAACUUUCUGGUAAUAACCUAUUCUUAGAGAUAUCAAGAAUCAACAAAGCUUUUAGGGAGGAGAAGAUGCUUAAGUCAAUAGGAUAACUGAUGUUUAGGGAAGAAAGCUCAAGGUAUUCAAGGUGAAUGAGCUUUGAGAUAGGCUUAAGGAUUUGUCCUUCAAAUUUGUUAUUCCCAAGGGACAAAUACACCAGCCUAGAUGUAGAAGAAGAAGAGUUGGGAACUUCAAUAGGACCAGUGAGAUGAUUCUCUUUCAAAUUAAGAUGAGACAAGAAGGGCAUAGUUUGUAGUAAAUCAGAAGGUAUGGUUCUUGAGAAUUGAUUGUAAGAAAGGUCUAAAGACGAGAGCUUGGUGAGAUUUCUCACAAGUGGGAAACUACCAGUAAGCUGGUUGUGUGAAAGGUUUAAAUGAGUAAGAAAUAUUAAGUUACUAAAUGAGGAAGGGACUUGACCAGUGAAGCUAUUAGAGGAAAGAGACAAAACCUCUAAUCUGUUGAGAUUGCUGAAUUCGGAAGGAAGUGAAGAAGAUGUGAAGUUGUUGUGAGAGAGGUUAAGGUAAAGAAGAUGGUUGAAGCCAAAGAGGCUACUGUUGGAUUUGAGAGUUCCAGUGAAGCAACCACUUGGAAGCUGUAGCUUCGUGACCGCACCAGUCACGUUGUCGCACAAUACUCCGUUGAGAUAGUCACUGCGGUUGCAACCGCCGGAUUCGAACUCGUUCUUGAACUGCAGAAUAGCUUGUAUCUGGUCGGGACGACAAGCAAGAGCGUUGAUCGCUAAGAAGGUUGAAGCGAAGAGUAAGAGUAUAAAAAGAAAACGCGAACGCAGACGCGGUUGCAUCAUCGACAAUGGUGUUUGUGAUUGAAAAAGUUUGAUGAAAUUCUCAUGAAAUAAUGAUUGAACCUCUCGAGUAAUGAAUUAAAUAAAUGUGUAGUAGGGAGUGAAUGCCACGUGAAAUGUCUAAGAUUCACGCAGUUGAAGAAGUAUAUGACACGUGGGCAUCUUGACUAUGUGUUCAACUUAAAUUUGACAUUUUCAUUGGAUUCAAA